UACCUUUCAGAAUGAACUGCUUCAUGUCAUGGCAAAAACAGAAAUGAUUGACUCUUUGCUCAUUGUGAUUCUCCAAAACCUCUUUCCAGUGGCAGAAAAAAUACUCAUGUUGCCAAAUUGUUGUGUCCUUGUGGAUAAUAAGAGAAUGGAUGUGAAGCCUGUUUCUGUGACCUUGGAGCCAUCUGUGAAGUUUCAGAUUCACUUCAGCAUCUCAAAGAGGAAGAUCAAGUUCUCUGAUGUGCCUCCUGUCCUGGAUGAGAAUCGCAUGAGAGACCGGCUGGAGCUAAGCUUCUCUAAGCCCAGCCUAGGAGGAGGGGAGGUGGAAGAGCUGGCCUAUGACAAGACGAGAAGCGCCGGCCAUGUCACCUUCCUCAAUACUGGAGUUGCUGAAAGUCUGUGUCUGAAGAAGAAAUACACCAUAAAUGUGGGUGAAAAAAUUGAUGCAUGUAUCCAGCCAUAUUUUGAUUACGAGUUGAAACAGUUCCAGACAUUCUGUGGAGUGCCCAAGCGAACGGUGCUCUUGGAAGACAUCAAGGAUUUUCUGGAUGAGGAAGACAUGCAGGAUCAUCUGGAGAUCUACUUCCAGAAGCCCAGCAACUUUGGGGGCGAGGUGGAUGCUAUCAAGUACACCUCCAAAGGAGGAGUUAAGGCCUACUUCAGCGACGACAUGCAUAAACCUGAGGCGUGAUCUGCAGGAGACACCUUAGUUCUGCUCUAGUAUUCUGAAGAGAACAUUCUGUCUCCUACCUUCACUGGGGAAGCUGCUUUUCAGUUUGUCAAUCAUGCUAUCAGAUCUUAAGGAUAAGGUGGUGGUAUUUUAAGUUGCACUCAAAAAUAUAAUCAUAUUGUUGUCCUCCAGAGAAUGCAGCUGAAUUACAUUAUUAUGUGUGAGUUCUAUGAUCACAACACUUUGAUAAAUACCAAGUUUAUAUGUUAUCAGCCUAAAGAAACAAUUCCAUAUUACUCUUUUCUCUAAUAUAUUACAACAACAAUAUCCUUGAGCAUAUGUUAUGUUGAAAGUGUGUGCAAUUUAUAGGUUUGCAAUGCUGGUAAGUAUACAGUGCUGACUGAGGUGCCUAGGGCAAUGUGAUCACACUGGGAAAAUAUGGAAAAACUGCCCUAGAUGAGGGGGCAAAUACAAGCUUAAUAUCUGUAACUUUGAUAAAUUAGCUGUAUCAAAAAUGCUUUCUUGGGUCUUUGGGUAUCAGUUCAUGUUUGGACUGGCAAACCUUGUAACUGAAGCCUUAUGAAAUUAUGUUAGUUAUUUAGUGACUGAAAAAAUGAUUGUAUAAGAUAUCAUUUAUGUAUAUUGUUGCAAUUCAAUCUUUUGUUUAUCAAAAUCAAUAGAACUAUAAAAGCAUCCUUUGCUACUGUGUCGUGUCAAUGAUACAAUUGGCCUGCUCCUGGUUUUGUUCUGUAAUGGAAUCAACAAAAACAAAUACCCUAGUUACGUCAAAGUUUCCAAGCAGUGCCUUGGGUAUUAAAAUAAAAACGAAAGUGAAAUUAUGAGUGUCUA